UGUGACGUCACCAGCGCCCGCCGCUAUCUAAGUUGAAGAACGGCUGUUUUCUGUCCUUUUUCCCUCCUAACGAGUCCUGAGACGGGUAAGGGAUCCAAAAACAUCUUCCCGUGUCACGGCGCUUUUCACAACCCAACAAAAAUGAUCAUCUACAAGGAUAUCAUCACCGGAGAUGAGCUGUUCACCGAGGUCUACAAAAUCACGGAGGUCUGCGACGGGAUGCUGUACGAGGUCCAGGGAAAGCUCACUUCCAGAUCGGAGGACGUCGACGGUGCGUUAAUCGGUGCCAACGCCUCUGCAGAGGGCGGCGAUGAGGGUAGCGAAGCGUCCACAGUCAGUGGAGUCGACAUUGUGCUCAACAGCAAACUGCAGGAGACCUCGGCCUACAACAAGAAGGCCUACCAGAGCUACAUCAAGGGCUAUAUGAAGGCGGUCAAGGCCAAGCUGGAGGAGCAGGGUUCUAAGAGGGUACAGGCCUUCAUGGCAGGCGCUCCAGCAGCUGUUAAGAUGAUCCUGGGGAACCUCGAUAAAUACCAGUUCUUCACCGGUGAGUCCAUGAACUGUGACGGCGCCAUCGGCCUGCUAGACUACCGCGAGGACGGGGUCACGCCCUUCUUCGUUUUCUUCAAAGACGGCAUCGAGAUCGAGAAAUACGUAAGUUUACCAUCCCCUCUGACUGACGUGGCUGUUUCUGUGGGAACCCGGGGAUUAGUCUGGCGCGUAGAACCCAGGGAUUAGUCUGGCGCGUAGAACCCUGGGAUUAGUCUGGCGCGUAGAACCCUGGGAUUAGUCUGGCGCGUAGAACCCUGGGAUUAGUCUGGCGCGUAGAACCCUGGGAUUAGUCUGGCGCGUAGAACCCUGGGAUUAGUCUGGCGCGUAGAACCCUGGGAUUAGUCUGGCGCGUAGAACCCUGGGAUUAGUCUGGCGUGUAGAACCCUGGGAUUAGUCUGUGGCAGCCAGCCACAGCGGCUCUAUAUGGUCGGGACGGGGCCACACUGGCAGCCAGACACAGCGGCUCUAUAUGGCCGAGUCGGGACGGGGCCACACUGGCAGCCAGACACAGCGGCUCUAUAUGGUCGGGACGGGGCCACACUGGCAGCCAGACACAGCGGCUCUAUAUGGUCGGGACGGGGCCACACUGGCAGCCAGACACAGCGGCUCUAUGUGGUCGGGACGGGGCCACACUGGCAGCCAGCCACAGCGGCUCUAUGUGGUCGGGACGGGGCCACACUGGCAGCCAGACACAGCGGCUCUAUAUGGUCGGGACGGGGCCACACUGGCAGCCACAGCGGCUCUAUAUGGCCGAGUCGGGACGGGGCCACACUGGCAACCAGCCACAGCGGCUCUAUAUGGCCGAGUCGGGACGGGGCCACACUGGCAACCAGACACAGCGGCUCUAUAUGGUCGGGACGGGGCCACACUGGCAGCCAGACACAGCGGCUCUAUAUGGCCCAGCCGGCCCUGGUCUAAAGUAGUAGUGCACUAUAUAUAGGGAAUAGGGUUCUAUAGGGCCCUGGUCUAAAGUAGUGCACUAUAUAGGGAAUAGGGUUCUAUAGGGCCCUGGUCUAAAGUAGUGUACUAUAUAGGGAAUAGGGUUCUAUAGGGCUCUGGUCUAAAGUAGUGCACUAUAUAGGGAAUAGGGUUCUAUAGGGCUCUGGUCUAAAGUAGUGCACUAUAUAUAGGGAAUAGGGUUCUAUAGGGCCCUGGUCUAAAGUAGUGCACUAUAUAGGGAAUAGGGUUCUAUAGGGCCCUGAUCUAAAGUCGUGUACUAUAUAGGGAAUAGGGUUCUAUAGGGCUCUGGUCUAAAGUAGUGCACUAUAUAGGGAAUAGGGUUCUAUAGGGCCCUGGUCUAAAGUAGUGCACUAUAUAGGGAAUAGGGUUCUAUAGGGCUCUGGUCUAAAGUAGUGUACUAUAUAGGGAAUAGGGUUCUAUAGGGUCUUGGUCUAAAGUAGUGUACUACAUAGGGAAUAGGGUUCUAUAGGGCCCUGGUCUAAAGUAGUGUACUAUAUAGGGAAUAGGGUUCUAUAGGGCCCUGGUCUAAAGUAGUGUACUACAUAGGGUUCUGGUCUAAAGUAGUGUACUACAUAGGGUUCUGGUCUAAAGUAGUGUACUAUACAGGGUUCGGGUCUAAUGUAGUGUACUAUAUAGGGUUCUGGUCUAAAGUAGUGUACUAUAUAGGGUUCUGUAGGGUCCUGGUCUAAAGUAGUGUACUAUAUAUAGGGAAUAGGGUUCUAUAGGGCCCUGGUCUAAAGUAGUGUACUAUAUAGGGUUCUGGUCUAAAGUAGUGUACUAUAUAGGGUUCUGGUCUAAAGUAGUGUACUCUAUAGGGUUCUGGUCUAAAGUAGUGUACUCUAUAGGGUUCUGGUCUAAAGUAGUGUACUAUACAUAGGGUGCUACUUAUUAAGAUACCAGGCACACCACACUCUGAAUACUAAGCCCAUGCAUUCAUCUGAUAGACCUGAAGUUCCUCACCGUGACUUCUGGGUUUGCAAUUGGAUGCUACAUGAAAAUAUUCCCUUGACUUUCCCCGACUGCCUGACCGAGUGGCUGUACGGAUAGAGAAGAGGAACACAUGGUGUUUACCAGAGGUGGUACUGAGUGGCUGUAUGGAUAGAGGAGAGGAACACAUGGUGUUUACCAGAGGUGGUACUGAGUGGCUGUAUGGAUAGAGGAGAGGAACACAUGGUGUUUACCAGAGGUGGUACUGAGUGGCUGUAUGGAUAGAGGAGAGGAACACAUGGUGUUUACCAGAGGUGGUACCACUGAGUGGCUGUAUGGAUAGAGGAGAGGAACACAUGGUGUUUACCAGAGGUGGUACUGAGUGGCUGUAUGGAUAGAGGAGAGGAACACAUGGUGUUUACCAGAGGUGGUACCACUGAGUGGCUGUAUGGAUAGAGAAGAGGAUCACAUGGUGUUUACCAGAGGUGGUACCACUGAGUGGCUGUAUGGAUAGAGGAGAGGAACACAUGGUGUUUACCAGAGGUGGUACUGAGUGGCUGUAUGGAUAGAGGAGAGGAACACAUGGUGUUUACCAGAGGUGGUACCACUGAGUGGCUGUAUGGAUAGAGGAGAGGAACACAUGGUGUUUACCAGAGGUGGUACUGAGUGGCUGUAUGGAUAGAGGAGAGGAACACAUGGUGUUUACCAGAGGUGGUACUGAGUGGCUGUAUGGAUAGAGGAGAGGAACACAUGGUGUUUACCAGAGGUGGUACCACUGAGUGGCUGUAUGGAUAGAGGAGAGGAACACAUGGUGUUUACCAGAGGUGGUACCACUGAGUGGCUGUAUGGAUAGAGGAGAGGAACACAUGGUGUUUACCAGAGGUGGUACCACUGAGUGGCUGUAUGGAUAGAGGAGAGGAACACAUGGUGUUUACCAGAGGUGGUACCACUGAGUGGCUGUAUGGAUAGAGAAGAGGAACACAUGGUGUUUACCAGAGGUGGUACUGAGUGGCUGUAUGGAUAGAGGAGAGGAACACAUGGUGUUUACCAGAGGUGGUACUGAGUGGCUGUAUGGAUAGAGGAGAGGAUCACAUGGUGUUUACCAGAGGUGGUACCACUGAGUGGCUGUAUGGAUAGAGGAGAGGAACACAUGGUGUUUACCAGAGGUGGUACCACUGAGUGGCUGUAUGGAUAGAGGAGAGGAACACAUGGUGUUUACCAGAGGUGGUACCACUGAGUGGCUGUAUGGAUAGAGGAGAGGAACACAUGGUGUUUACCAGAGGUGGUACUGAGUGGCUGUAUGGAUAGAGGAGAGGAACACAUGGUGUUUACCAGAGGUGGUACUGAGUGGCUGUAUGGAUAGAGGAGGGGAACACAUGGUGUUUACCAGAGGUGGUACCACUGAGUGGCUGUAUGGAUAGAGGAGAGGAACACAUGGUGUUUACCAGAGGUGGUACCACUGAGUGGCUGUAUGGAUAGAGGAGAGGAACACAUGGUGUUUACCAGAGGUGGUACCACUGAGUGGCUGUAUGGAUAGAGGAGAGGAACACAUGGUGUUUACCAGAGGUGGUACCACUGAGUGGCUGUAUGGAUAGAGGAGAGGAACACAUGGUGUUUACCAGAGGUGGUACCACUGAGUGGCUGUAUGGAUAGAGGAGAGGAACACAUGGUGUUUACCAGAGGUGGUACCACUGAGUGGCUGUAUGGAUAGAGGAGAGGAACACAUGGUGUUUACCAGAGGUGGUACUGAGUGGCUGUAUGGAUAGAGGAGAGGAUCACAUGGUGUUUACCAGAGGUGGUACUGCCCAGACAGAGGAGCCGUUGAUUAGGGGUUGUCCCAAUGGCACCCCUAUUCACUUUCUAGUUGACUACUUUUGACUAGUGAUCAAUCAGACACACCUAAUACCUCUGUCCAUCUCCACGUGGGUAAUAGUGUCUCCUCUGUCCGUCUCCACGUGGGUAAUAGUGUCUCCUCUGUCCGUCUCCGCGUGGGUAAUAGUGUCUCUCCUCUGUCCGUCUCCGCGUGGGUAAUAGUGUCUCUCCUCUGUCCGUCUCCGCGUGGGUAAUAGUGUCUCCUCUGUCCGUCUCCACGUGGGUAAUAGUCUCUCCUCUGUCAGUCUCCGCGUGGGCAAUAGUGUCUCUCCUCGGUCUGUCUCCGCGUGGGUAAUAGUGUCUCUCCUCGGUCUGUCUCAGCGUGGGUAAUAGUGUCUCUCCUCGGUCUGUCUCAGCGUGGGUAAUAGUGUCUCUCCUCUGUCCGUCUCAGCGUGGGUAAUAGUGUCUCCUCUGUCCGGCUCCACGUGGGUAAUAGUGUCUCUCCUCUGUCCGGCUCCACGUGGGUAAUAGUGUCUCUCCUCUGUCAGUCUCCACGUGGGUAAUAGUGUCUCUCCUCUGUCAGUCUCCGCGUGGGUAAUAGUGUCUCUCCUCUCUCUGUCUCAGCGUGGGUAAUAGUGUCUCUCCUCUGUCCGUCUCCACGUGGGUAAUAGUGUCUCAACUCUGUCCGGCUCCACGUGGGUAAUAAUCUCCUCUGUCUGUCCAUCUCCACGUGGGUAAUAAUCUCCUCUGUCUGUCCAUCUCCAUGUGGGUAAUAAUCUCCUCUGUCCAGCUCCACGUGGGGAAUAGUCUCUCCUCUGUCCAUCUCCGCGUGGGUAAUAGUCUCUCCUCUGUCCAGCUCCACGUGGGUAAUAGUCUCUCCUCUGUCCAGCUCCACGUGGGUAAUAGUCUCUCCUCUGUCCAUCUCCACGUGGGUAAUAGUGUCUCUCCUCUGUCCAUCUCCGCGUGGGUAAUAGUCUCUCCUCUGUCAGUCUCCGCGUGGGUAAUAGUCUCUCCUCUGUCAGUCUCCGCGUGGGUAAUAGUGUCUCCUCUGUCCGUCUCCGCGUGGGUAAUAGUCUCUCCUCUGUCCGUCUCCGCGUGGGUAAUAGUCUCUCCUCUGUCCGUCUCCGCGUGGGUAAUAGUGUCUCUCUGUCCAUCUCCACGUGGGUAAUAGUGUCUCCUCUGUCCAUCUCCACGUGGGUAAUAGUGUCUCCUCUGUCCAUCUCCACGUGGGUAAUAGUCUCUCCUCUGUCCAUCUCCACGUGGGUAAUAGUGUCUCCUCUGUCCGUCUCCACGUGGGUAAUAGUCUCUCCUCUGUCCAUCUCCACGUGGGUAAUAGUGUCUCCUCUGUCUCCUCUCUGCAGUAAACCAUCCGGACGUCUAACAGAAGUGCCUGGACCGGAGGGAGCGUGUCUGCUUGUUACCAUAGCUACCACCGCCCCUGAUCAUGGACAGACUGACCCCUGCCCUGCCUGCUUGUUACCGUAGCGACCGCCGCCCCUGAUCAUGGACAGACUGCCCCCUGCCUGUAUCCCUCCCAACACCUGGAACAGACUUGUCUUUCUUUUAAUCCCAAGUUUUUUAUUUUUUGGGGGGGGUGGCCCAACCUUCUCUUCGUCCCCCACAUCUGACCUCCCGGGGGGGGAGACGCCAGGCCCUGUUCUAAACGGACGGUCGUCGGUCAGGACCGCCCCCCCCACCACCGUGGAUGGCCGGUUAGGCUGCUGUGUGCGCGGUGACUCCCAUCAGAUGUCCAGCUGCAUUAAAGCUCCCACCUUGCUCUCUCACACAACUGUAAAGGACUCAUUGACACUAUGUUGUGAAAUAAAUGGGCCUGUUGGCCGAAAUACAA